AUGGGGGAGCUCAGAGUUUGGCUCUUAAGGUGCAUUGGGACAUCAGUCAAUAGAAGGGGGGGUCCUGGGACCACCAUUUGGCCAAUAUGUCUGCACGACCUGCUCUCCUACCCACGACCGUAUGUGCUGUCGCUGCUGGGUGUCAGAAUGUCUCUAGAGCCCAAGAGUAAGCACCACAUCCAGGAUAAUAGCCUCCAGGCCAAGGGGGUCACCCAGGGUUCAGAAGGUGCCAGGCCAGCUGCGGCACCAGAUGAUGCACCAGAGCCACCUUCCUCACCCUCCACUCCUGCAUCUGCUUGUGUGUAUGGGUUCAGUGGCUCUACUCCAAGCUCCCCUGCAACAGGCACAGGUGCAUUCCUGGUCGAGGAGCCUUGCUCAGCUGUGGAAGGUGCCCCCAGCGAAGACGAGCAGGACACAGGCUACUCCCAGGCUGAAGCCCCCGAACACAGAGCUCGGAAGGAUGUGAACACCAGGAAGGUCAACAAACUGGGGCAGUUGCUGCUGGAGAAGUGUAAGACCAAGGGGCAGGUCACAGGCAGGCUGCUCAAGAUCGUCAGGAGGAAGUACAGGCACCUCUUCUCCAAGACCUUCAGGAGAACCUCUGAGCUCAUGGAGCUGCUCUUUGGCCUGGAAUUGAGGGAAGCCAACCGCAGAAGUCAGGCCUACACCCUGGUCGGCAAGCUGGGCCUCCCUGAUGAUGCAAUUCUGAGGAGCGAUAGUGGGCUGCCCACCACCAGCCUCAUUAUGUUGUUGCUCGGCAUGAUCUUCAUGAAGGGCAACCGCGCCACCGAGGAAGAGGUCUGGGAGUUCCUCAACACGCUGGGGGUCUAUGACGGCAGGAGGCAUCUCAUCUUCAGGGAGCCCCAGAGGCUCAUUACCAAGGAGCUGGUGCAGCAGAAGUACCUGGUGUACUGCCAGGUGCCCGACCGCGACCCUCCCCGCUAUGAGUUCCUGUGGGGCACCAGGGCCCAUGCCGAAACCAGCAAGAUGAAGGUUCCUGAGGUCCUGGCCAAGAUCAACAACAGGGUUCCGACUUCCUUCUCCAACCUGUACGAGGAGGUUUUGAGGGAUGAGAAGGAGGUUUUGGAAGCCAGAGCUGCAGCCAGGGUUACCACCAGGGCCGCCACCAAGGCCGGUGCCAAGAAGGCUGCCUAG